GCGAGUAACCCCGACCGGUAGGCUGUCUGUCAGGGGGAGUACCGCGAUUCUGAAGCUUUGCCAAUUUCGUUGACGUCAACAGGGGGCAGGAGGGAGGACCGUUGACCGGUUGUUGUGGUCGCGAUGGCAAUGACGUCAACGUUUCGCUGGGAGGAGGCGAAGGCCAAAUGGCUGACAGACUAUAGGACGUAUCUGGACUCCGAUGCAUGGGGACAGAGAGAGGAGGCAGGGGAGGGUUAUGCCAAGCUGGCCUCCCAGAUGCGAGCUGACGUGGCAAGCGCGGGGAGAGGGGAGGUUUUCCCCGAGGAGAGGAGGUUGAUCGACCAGCUGGCCACGUGUCUGGAGAUCCGAUCUGACAGGCUUAGUAACGAACACCACCCGCUCGACGAACUUUCGACGAACGAUCACGAAGAUGAUGAUGAUGAUGAUGAUGAGAGGACGAAAGGUGAGGUGGGUCACCAGCAGAGGAUGGGAGAGAGGGUGGGAGACUCUGCCGCGGCUGCGGUAGCUGCUGCUGCUGGUCCUACGGGUAGUAUUUUAAACUCAACAGCAGCAGCAGCCAGCUCAGCAACACGGGAUCCCGAGUCGCGCUCCCUAUCCCAAUCCCGCUCCCGCUCCCACUCCCGCUCCCGCUCCCAAUCCCAAUCCCGCUCCCAAUCCCAGGCCGCGGAGCAGGAGCUGCGGCUGUGCCAGAUGCAACAACUCCUGGGCGUGUUUGAAGAACUUCUAACGGUCGGGACCAAAGUCGGGACCGCAGUCGCGACCGACGCGGAAGUCUCGAUUCCGUUCCAGGUUCCACGUCACUACUUCACCGCGGGAGCCGACGCCUCCCGCAGGAAGACAAAGACGUGGAACCUGGGACGGGAUCGCGACUUCCACGUCGGUCCCGACACCCGGUGUAUAUCCACCUUGUCUGUGGAGCCCAAGAUGAGUUCGUCGAUGGACGAACCCGAUCCCGAUCGCGACUGGAGCAACGAUCCAGACUUGGCAAGCGAGACAACACGAGUAGGGGUAGUGUUAGUAGUCGGAGGAGGAGGAGGAGGGAGAGGAAAAGGAGAAGAGAAAGAAGGGAGAAGCAGAGGGGGAGGAGGGGGAGGCGGAGAAGAUUUUGCCGGUGAGGAUAAGAUCCUCCCUCCUCCUCUUGUUGGCACCGCCAGGAGCGGAGACGUGUUCCUCUCCAUUGAGAUAGAGAAAAUAGGCCUUAAGGAUGCAUCGAAGUUUAUAGACCCCUUCUUCAUCAUCUCCAUCGUCGACUCAGGUGGCAAUCUUUUAGAAGAAGCUCAACAGGCUAGCGCUAGCAAUCAACGUACCCCUAAUUACGUAAAAUGCGGAAAGGUCUUCCAUUGCCAGAGUCCGAUUCAGAGCUUACCGGCAGGAGCAGCCAUCGUCUUUGAGUUCAAGUAUUUCAAGCCGAAGAAGAAGAAGAUAAGCACCAUAGCCUGGACAUUUGUGGAGGUGGGAGAGAUCUCCGAGGGAGGAAGAAUGGCGCUGGAACUGUACCGAAAACCCACCGACUUCAGGCGACGGACUCUUCGUCUUUUGACCAUCAAACCACUCUAUCUCCAUCUUCUCCUGGACAUUAGAACAACGACUUGAUUGAUUGAUUGAUUGAUUUAUGGAGUGGUUGAAGGGUUGGUUAAGGCUAAUCGAUUGGCUGGUUGAUUGAUUGAUUGGUUGGUUAGUUGAUUGAUUGGUUGGUUAGUUGAUUGAUUGGUUGGUUGAUUGAUUAGAUUGAUUGAUUGAUUGAUUGAUUGAUUGAUUGGGUAACCGAUUAAUUAGUCGACUGACUGAUUGCCAGGUUGGUUGAUUGAUUGAUUGAUUGAUUGAUUGAUUGAUUGAUUGACUAACUGAUUGAUCGAUUGGAUAGUUGAUGGAUUGGUUGGUUGAUUGAUUAGUUGAUUGAUUGAUUGAUCGGUUAGCCGAUUAAUU